CGGUGGCGGCGGCGGAGUGGCGGAGUAAGAGAGGAAAACUAGAGCAGCGGCGAACUGGAGAAGAGACUGGGAGAUCCAUUUUUUUUUUUACAGCGCUGGUACACCUGAACACACACGGGGAAAAAAGCGUGUGCAUGAAAAGACAGACAAUGAGCGUCUUUUAAGAGGAGCCCAAGCAAGCACGGCGUGCAAACUAGCUGCACGCCCAGGAGGGCAUCGCAAUUUGUUGGAUUAAUCCCGUGCAAUAUUAUUUCAAAGAAAUAAAUCUAUAUAUAGAGGCAUCGCAGCGUGGACUGGGAGAGCUUUAGCUACAGCUACACCGAGGAGCAACGCAGACGCAGGCGUAGGAGAGGCGGAGUGUUUAUUUUAAAUCGCUUGAAAAUCUCAGUUUGCAGCCUCAGAACUGGGGGAUUGGGGAUUGAAGCCGGGGAGACGAGGAGAAGGUGGGGCCGGAGACCGAGUCAGACAAACGGACUAAAAUACGCAGAAAUCGCCGGAGCCCGAGCGCCUUUGCUUUUUUUUGGUGGGGGAAAGGAGUAAUUUUCCGCCUAUUGGAAUUUGGAAAGCCACCGAACGGCGUUUCGCGAUUUUCCCAGUCUUUCCCUCCCCCAGUCCAAGAACAGCAGUACAGAAUUGUGAUCCUUUGUUUUAUUUUUAAAUAUACCGUUUUGGCUGGGCAUAUUGGGGGAUAAUUUCCCCAUUCUUGUUGGGCCAUGGCCGACGACGACGUGCUGUUUGAAGAUGUAUACGAGCUCUGCGAGGUGAUCGGAAAGGGACCUUUCAGCGUGGUGCGACGAUGUAUCAACAGAGAGACAGGGCAGCAGUUUGCUGUAAAAAUAGUGGACGUCGCCAAGUUCACUUCCAGUCCUGGACUCAGCACAGAAGAUCUGAAGAGAGAAGCAAGCAUCUGUCACAUGCUGAAGCACCCCCACAUUGUGGAGCUGCUGGAGACGUACAGUUCCGAUGGAAUGCUCUAUAUGGUCUUCGAGUUCAUGGACGGCGCAGACCUGUGCUUUGAGAUCGUCAAGAGAGCGGACGCUGGUUUCGUAUACAGCGAAGCAGUGGCGAGUCACUACAUGCGACAGAUUCUUGAAGCACUGCGCUAUUGUCAUGACAACAACGUCAUUCACCGAGAUGUAAAGCCCCACUGCGUGCUCCUGGCGUCAAAGGAGAACUCGGCACCAGUCAAGCUGGGUGGCUUUGGAGUGGCCAUUCAACUCGGAGAGUCCGGCCUGGUGGCGGGAGGCCGAGUGGGGACCCCCCAUUUCAUGGCCCCCGAGGUGGUGAAACGGGAGCCCUACGGGAAGCCCGUGGACGUCUGGGGCUGUGGCGUUAUCCUGUUCAUUCUCCUCAGCGGCUGCCUGCCGUUUUAUGGGACCAAGGAGAGGCUGUUUGAAGCCAUCAUCAAGGGGAAAUACAAGAUGAACCCCAGGCAGUGGAGCCACAUCUCCGAAAGUGCCAAGGACCUGGUCCGCCGCAUGCUGAUGUUGGACCCCGCGGAGAGGAUAACGGUGUAUGAGGCCCUCAACCACCCCUGGCUCAAGGAGAGAGACCGUUACGCAUACAAAAUACACCUCCCGGAGACAGUGGAGCAGUUGCGGAAAUUCAAUGCCAGAAGGAAAUUAAAGGGCGCGGUGCUAGCGGCUGUUUCCAGCCACAAGUUUAACUCUUUCUAUGGAGACCCACCCGAGGAGCUGCCGGACUUCUCCGAAGACCCCACUUCCUCAGGACUGCUAGCUGCAGAAAGGGCGGUGUCUCAGGUGCUGGACAGCCUGGAGGAGAUCCACGCACUGACCGACUGCAGCGAGAAGGACCUGGACUUCCUGCACAGCGUGUUCCAGGACCAGCACCUCCACACACUGCUGGAUCUGUAUGACAAGAUUAAUACAAAGUCCUCCCCGCAGAUCAGGAACCCACCAAGUGAUGCUGUACAGAGAGCCAAAGAGAAUUCCACCGACGACGACGCAAGUCCAGCUUUGAAACACCUGGAAUGUGUACUGGAAGAGAUUUCUUGUUACCCAGAGAACACUGAUGCUAAAGAAUUAAAGCGAAUCCUCACACAGCCCCACUUCAUGGCCUUACUGCAAACUCAUGAUGUUGUGGCGCACGAGGUGUACAGUGACGAAGCUCUGAGGGUCACCCCACCACCCACCUCCCCGUACUUGAACGGAGACUCCCCGGAGAGCGCCAACGGCGACAUGGACAUGGAGAACGUCACCCGGGUGCGACUGGUGCAGUUCCAGAAGAACACCGAUGAGCCCAUGGGUAUCACUCUGAAAAUGAAUGACCUGAACCACUGCAUUGUUGCGAGAAUAAUGCAUGGAGGAAUGAUACACAGACAAGGAACGCUGCAUGUCGGGGACGAAAUUAGAGAAAUAAAUGGCAUCAGUGUAGCCAACCAAACUGUGGAGCAACUUCAGAAGAUGCUUAGGGAGAUGCGAGGAAGUAUCACAUUUAAGAUUGUGCCAAGCUACCGUACCCAGUCUUCAUCUUGUGAGAGAGAGUCCCCCUCCACAUCCAGACAGUCCCCAGCAAAUGGGCAUACCAGCAUUAACAAUUCUGUUUUGGACCUGCCAUCGACUACCCAGCCGAAAGGACGACAGAUCUCAAGACCUACAAUCAAGGAUAGAAUUAACCUGAAGAUCUACGUCAGAGCACAGUUUGAGUACGAUCCGGCUAAGGAUGACCUCAUCCCCUGCAAGGAGGCCGGCAUCAAGUUCCGGGUCGGCGACAUCAUCCAGAUCAUCAGCAAGGAUGACCACAACUGGUGGCAGGGCAAGCUGGAAAACGCCAAGAAUGGGACAGCAGGCCUCAUCCCAUCUCCGGAGCUCCAGGAGUGGCGUGUAGCCUGUAUAGCAAUGGAGAAAACCAAACAAGAGCAACAAGCCAGCUGCACUUGGUUUGGAAAGAAGAAAAAGCAGUACAAAGACAAAUACCUAGCAAAGCACAAUGCAGUAUUUGAUCAACUAGAUCUCGUCACGUAUGAAGAAGUAGUGAAAUUACCAGCCUUCAAAAGGAAAACACUAGUCUUGUUAGGUGCACACGGUGUUGGGAGAAGACACAUUAAGAACACACUAAUUACAAAGCAUCCUGACAGAUUUGCAUACCCCAUUCCCCACACAACCAGACCUCCAAAGAAAGAUGAAGAAAAUGGCAAGAACUAUUACUUCGUAUCACAUGACCAAAUGAUGCAGGACAUCUCAAACAACGAUUACCUGGAGUACGGCAGCCACGAGGACGCUAUGUAUGGGACAAGACUGGAGACGAUACGGAAGAUCCAUGAGCAAGGGCUGAUAGCAAUACUAGACGUUGAGCCUCAGGUAUGAUUCUGUUUGCCAGAUACAGUU